CGAGGCGCGAUGAAGGAGAAGUCCAAGAAUGCGGCCAAGACCAGGAGGGAGAAGGAAAAUGGCGAGUUUUAUGAGCUGGCCAAGCUGCUCCCGCUGCCCUCGGCCAUCACCUCGCAGCUGGACAAGGCGUCCAUCAUCCGACUCACCACGAGCUACCUGAAGAUGCGCGCCGUCUUUCCCGAAGGUUUAGGAGACGCGUGGGGACAGCCCAGCCGCGCGGGGCCCCUGGACACUGUCGCCAAGGAGCUGGGAUCACACUUGCUGCAGACUUUGGAUGGAUUUGUUUUUGUGGUAGCAUCUGAUGGCAAAAUCAUGUAUAUUUCGGAAACAGCUUCUGUACAUUUAGGCUUGUCCCAGGUGGAGCUCACGGGCAACAGCAUUUAUGAGUAUAUCCAUCCUUCGGACCAUGAUGAGAUGACGGCUGUCCUGGCAGCCCACCAGCCUCUUCACCAUCACUUGCUCCAAGAGUAUGAGAUCGAGAGGUCAUUCUUCCUUCGAAUGAAGUGUGUCUUGGCGAAAAGAAACGCUGGCCUGACGUGCAGUGGAUACAAGGUCAUCCAUUGCAGCGGCUACUUGAAGAUCAGGCAGUAUAUGCUGGACAUGUCCCUGUACGACUCGUGCUACCAGAUUGUGGGGCUGGUGGCUGUGGGCCAGUCGCUGCCGCCCAGCGCCAUCACUGAGAUCAAGCUUCACAGCAACAUGUUCAUGUUCAGGGCCAGCCUCGACCUGAAGCUGAUAUUCCUGGAUUCCAGGGUGACCGAGCUGACUGGGUACGAGCCGCAGGACCUGAUCGAGAAGACCCUGUACCAUCAUGUGCACGGCUGUGACGUCUUCCACCUCCGCUACGCGCACCACCUCCUGCUGGUGAAGGGCCAGGUCACCACCAAGUACUACCGGCUGCUGUCCAAGCUGGGCGGCUGGGUGUGGGUGCAGAGCUACGCCACCGUCGUGCACAACAGCCGCUCGUCCCGGCCGCACUGCAUCGUGAGUGUCAAUUAUGUCCUCACGGACAUCGAGUACAAGGAACUGCAGUUGUCUCUGGACCAGGUGUCCACGUCCAAGUCCCAGGACUCCUGGAGGACCGCCUUGCCUACCUCACAAGAAACUAGGAAGUUAGCUAAGCCCAAAAACACGAAGAUGAAGACGAAGCUGAGAGCAAACCCCUACCCCGCACAGCAGUACGGCUCGUUCCAAAUGGACAAACUGGAGUGCGGCCAGCUCGGAAGCUGGAGGGCCAGCCCCCCUGCCCACGGCCCGGCUCCCCCAGAACAGCAGCUCCAUUCAGAAGGCAGCGACCUUCUGUACGCCCCGUCCUACGGCCUGCCCUUCUCCUACCACUAUGGACCCUUCCCUCUGGACUCUCACGUCUUCAGCGGCAAGAAGCCCGUGCUGCCGGCCAAGUUCGGGCAGCCCCAGGGACCCCCGUGUGAGGUGGCACGCUUUCUGCUGAGCGCCCUGCCAGCCGGCGGCGAGUGCCAGUGGCAUUACGCCAGCCCCCUAGUGCCGGGCAGCCCGUCUCCGGCUAAGAGCCUUUCCGAGCCGCCGGUGAACCCUGCUCGGCACAGCCUGAUGCCAAGCUACGAAGCGCCCGCCGCCGCGCGCAGGUUCGGCGAAGACACCGCGCCGCCGCCGCCGCCGCCGCCGCCGCCGAGCUUCCCGAGCUGCGGCCACUACCGCGAGGAGCCGGCGCCGGGCCCGGCCAAGGCCGCCCGGCAGGCCGCCCGGGACGGGGCGCGGCUGGCGCUGGGCCGCGCGCCCCCCGAGUGCUGCGCGCCGCCGGCCCCGGCGCCCCCGGGCGCGCCCGCGCAGCUGCCGCUGGUGCUGCUCAACUACCACCGCGUGCUGGCGCGGCGCGGGCCGCUGGGGGGCGCGGCGCCCGGCGCCCCCGGCCUGGCCUGCGGCCCCGGCGCCCCCGAGGCGGCGGGCGGCGCCCUGCGAGCCCGGGCCCCCGGCCCCACCGGCCCCGCCGCCGCCCCGCCGCCCGGCGCGCCGCGGCCGCACUACCUGGGCGCCUCGGUCAUCAUCACCAACGGCAGGUGACCCGCCCGGGCCGGCCGCCCGCGCGGAGAAGCCAUAGGCCGGCCUCCUGGGCUCCCCGCCUCACCGAGUCCACGGUGCCGAGCUGUGUAUGCACGGUUUAAAUUAAUUUAUACAGAGACGACUAUUUUACUAGAAUUCCGCCGCCGACUUCUAGAUUUUUUUUUUUUUUUUUUAACUGUAGAUGCCAUAAACGCCCGUGUAGGGGACAGAAGCGGCGACGUCGGGGACACCCUGACCGCCCGACCUUUUGUUCUCCGAGAGCUGGAUUUUCUGAAAAAGCGAGCGCCCAGGGGUGGCCCCAACGACUCCGUCCUUGGGGGGGACUUGGUUUCCUCGCCUUGAAAUCAGGCCUGCGCGCCCCUGACGCUCAGUAACAGACCCGCUUUUUUGGAGGGGAGGGGGAGCAGUUGUAACUUUGCGGAGAUCACCCCACCCGAAGAUGGUCAGAUAGAUGGGCCAGCCCGGGAAGCCUCCUGUGUUCAUUGCCCUUUUUAGGUUCUUAAGGCAGAAUUGAUGAUUUAAGUUCCCUGAAUGGACAACUCCACAGUCUUCAAGUCAUUCAUGAGUCUCAUGAAACGUUGUUGUUUUCAUUUAACCCUUGAACACAAACAUCGACAAGCCGAGACCAAGGGGGUGAAUGUGGGUGUGCUUCUCAAGUGCAUUCACAAAGUUUUUAUUUCCUGCUAACCCCGUGAACUCUUGAGAAUAGCACCUUCAGAAUAUAUUGAAUAGGCAUUAAAUGCAAAAAAUAUAUAUAUAUAGCCAGAUAUUUUAUGAGAGUGACAGGUGGAUGAUUUCCGUGCCCAAUGGAUUGGCUACCCCUGUCCAGUAUGAUGACAAGCAAAGUCCCUCUGGCCCACACAGACCUGUAAUUCCCUAGGCUCGUGUUUGCUACCAGUAGUGCUAAUAAAGUUAGUUAAAUUGCAUGUGCAAUAUGGAAACUUGUCAAUGGACUGCGCCUCAUGGAAGAAAACAUGCUAAAGGGAUGUAAUGAAAAUGAUGUACACGUCUUCAGCAUUUUCUGCAUUUUCUACAGAGUAAGAAAACUCCAUAUGAACAUGUCAUGUGUAACAGGUAAACAGGAAUCUUUUUAUAAAGCACCAGCAGUGUUUUUAAAAUAAACUCCUAUUAAUUUUUAUUUUUAUACUUUUGCUUCAAGAUUUCACUUUUAAAAAUCCUGUCAUGGCUCUGAAGUGGAUCAGUGCAUUGAACCACACUUUUUCAAUCUGCUCCUCACUAUAAACACUCCCUCAUUUUGCUGCUUUUUCAAAGAUGGUUUACUUUUAGGAAACUGUGUCCACCUUUCAGAGUGGAAAGGUUGUUCCCCAAUGUCUUCAACUCACUGUUCUUAGAAUCAGAGUGCACCUACAUGUACCGUUGUCAAAAUGUGAAAGGACCUGCCGCCCAGCCCGUGUCACUCUGAGGACCUGUCUGCUUCCCUGGGAUGGUUCAGUUGCCUUAUGGUACAGUUUGCAAAUUUAGGAACAUGUGUUUUGCAGUGAAGAGGCGAGGUCAGAAGAAUCCAGUGCGUACACCUCUACACUGCGCUUAGCCAUACCUUAUGAGCAGCUUGCUCUGAGUGUAGACACAAAAUAAGCCUGGGGUACUGUUUUUAUGCUGUCAAGACCCGUAAUUAAACCCGUGAUUCCUGGAAGGUGCAGGUUUGAUGAGCAGGAGAUUUCAUUUGACAUUUUUCAAUAAAGUACCGUAAAAUGCG